UGGAAUUUUUAAUAAAAUAUGGAUGUGAGGUGGAAUUAGUUUUGUGUACUUUGUACGUGUUAAUAUUUUAAUUAUUAAAAUAUAACGGUGAUGUACGUUUUCCAUUAUUAUUGUUAUAUUAUUAUAAAUACGAUGAUGUGUAUUGUUAAGUUUUGUGAGAACAAUUCUGUGGACUAACUGUCAAACGUAGCGGCCGCAAUGGCGUCUGAUAAUGAAGCUUCUUGUGAAAGCGAUCCAAAUUUUGCUGUUAUCUGUGCUUUUUUAGAAAAAUUUGGAACACAGUGUGGUUUACCUAAUGUAGAUUUCUUAGAGCUACAAGGUGCACUUGAAAAUACCGAAGAAGUGCCUGUGCAUCUGAGAGAAGUAAUUCUUAAACUGCUAAGAAGAGUGAAAAGAUCUGUAAAGAAUGAUAAAUGGGAAAAAACUUUAGUUACUGUUUGUCACAACUUUAGUUCUCAAGAUGCAUGGGAGAUUGAACGUUUUGGGUUCAAAAAAGCAAAGCUUUCCUCAAAAAUAAGAGUCGUAAAGGAACUUCUUGAGAUGCAGUUUGACUAUCAUGUUAAGUUUAAGAAUGAUGUGAAUAAAUUAACUGCAGAAGAGUUAAGAUCUCAUCCUUUAGGUAGAGAUAAAGCAGGUCAUGCGUACUGGUUUCAGAGUGAUGACAAUUAUCAAGUCAGAGUAUACAAGGAAGAUUUAGAUGAGGAAACAUGGACAUUAAUAGCCAGGGACCGAGACAGCUUAGUUUCUUUAAUAGAUAAACUGACUGAUGGUGAUUCCAAGUCCAGUUCAGAUUCAGCAGUAAAUGAAGAUAGUAAUAGUUUAUCUGAUAAACCAGUUAUUGACACUGGUCAGAUUGAUUUGGACACUAAACCCAUCUCAGAAGAAGACAAAAAGAAAGUGAAAGAUGGAGAUGAAGCACCAGGGCCUAAAGAGGAAGAUAGUAAGAUAGAAGAUAAGGAAGACUUGUCGGAGAAAGAAUCUACAAAUGAAGAAACAUCCGUCAAUGAAGAGGAGAAAAACUCAAAACCGUUAUUGAGAAUAAAAAAUUUGAGUGAGUUAAUAAGUGGGAGUUUAAAAAGGUCUAAACCUGAUUGUGAUAGUGAAGAAUCCCAAGAAAAGGUUUUAAAAAUUAAAUUUAAAAAAUUAAAUGAAGAGCCUAUAGUUGGCGAGGAGAUAGAAGAACCCGUUAUGAAAGUGCAAGGUGAAGGUUCUGGUGAAGAAAAUGAAGGAAUCCAUAUAAAAAAACAAAAUUAUGGAAAUGACACAACAGAAAAUAAUUCUUUAGAAGGAAAUCCAAUAAUAGGUGAGACAAUUGAAGAAAGUGUACUUUAUUUUUAUGGUGAAGGCUACGGAUUUGAAUGUCUCACAGGAAACGAAGAAAAAGGAGCCUCAAAUGAAACACAUUCUAAUUCGGAAGUUAGUGCUGAUGAUAAGUGUAAGCAAAAUUCCUCUGUUACCAGCAGUAUUAAAGAUAAUUUAAGUGACUUUAAGGACAAUAACGUUAAAACAAAAGAAGUUCCUCUCAUUAAAUUAGGUACUAUAAUCGAUACUAAGACUGAUAAUGUUAAUAGAUUACCUUCUGGGUCAUCAAAGAAAUCAAGAUGGGAUGUGGAGACCUUACAAGAUACUCAAUCUAAUACAAAAUUUGAAAGUUCCCAAGUAAAAACUGGGAAAGUUAAAGAUUUAGUAAGCAAAUUUGAACAGGUAGGUACUCCUACACAAGAAAAUACUGCUGACAAUGUAACGCCACCUUCUACGCCAAAAAAGCCAACAUUUUUUUUUGGAUCAGGUUCCUUCAAGUGUAAUUCUGUAUCACCAUCUCUUACCGUUGGUUUUGGACAAUAUUCACCAGAUAAGCAUAUUGACGGUGCUACAAGUAAAAUUUGUGAAAAAACUGCUGAUAAAGAGGACGAUAAGUUAAAGGCAGACAGUAAAAGCGAACUUCCUUGUGAGUCCUUAAAAAAAUCCGAAAGUGACAAGCAAAAGCAGUGCGAACAUUCCAUUAGUAAAAAUGAAUUUAAUGAACAAAAUAAUCAAACAUUGCGUAAUGACGAAACAACAGAAAAUGCCGAUAAAAAACAUGAUACCAAUAAUCUAAAUGAAGAUGAAAUAAGGUCCGAUAAUGAUAAAAAUGAAAAACCUGUGGAGGAUUCUUGUAAGAAGGAUAUGACAGUGAUUGAGAGAAAAAUCUUGAAAAAAUCUGAGGAUAUUUUAAAAAUAUCUGAAAAGCAGCAAGAGCAGAAUCUUGAAAUAGGAAAUGGCCAAACGGAAAAUCAUACUAUUGAAGCAGAUAAAAGGCACGAUGAGAAUGAAGAAAAAGAUCUUGAUGAACGAGUUCCGGUGGUUGAACCUAAGUGUAUUAAAAAAACAGCAUAUAUUUGUGGUGACAACACAACUGACAAUAGAUCGGAAGAUGGUAAAGAGGAAACCUCGUCGAAUUCCGACCUUAAAUUAAUUUCAGCAGAUAAAAAACAACCAGAUUAUAUUGAGAAGCAGAAUCACGACAGUGCUGAACAGAAAAGGCAAGCAGAUAAUUUAGUAGAAAAAAGUCAAGAGCAAAUCGAUAAUAAAAAUCAAUCUGCUAAUAAAACUGAGAAUACUGAAAAUUUAGAAUCUACUAAAUCAAACCAAAAUAUAAUAGAAAAAAGAGUAAUAAAUAAGGAAGAAAAAACUGAUGGAACCAGUACUGAAAAAGUCAUUGAGGAUAUAGAGAAAAAUAAAAAUCUUUGCGAUUCACAUGAUUCAACAAAAAAUCCCCUUAAAAUCGGCGAUUGCAAUAAGCAACAGCAAAAACCACAAAUAUCUCUUAGGUCUAUUAGAAGCAAAAAAGUUAUUGGUUCAAAUAACGCCGACAAGGAUCGAACAGUGCUUGUUUCCACGAUUCACUCGAAUCCGGUAGAAACCGAGACAGUAUAUUUUAAUGCUCGAAGAGGUAGAUCAAGGAAGCAAAUUCAGGAAAGUCCCUCCGACAUCGGUCCUAGUGCAGUAACAAAUGAAUUAAAAGAAACCGAUCCAGUUAAAGAGGAGGAAAAUACUAUGAAAACAAAACUGACACUCACAAAUAAAAAUGAAACUGUAAAAGAAAAAGUAAAUAGUAAUGUGGCAAGUCCUGAUUCGUCCCGAGUUAAUUCGCCUGUAUCUGUAAGUGACUCAAUCAUUCUUUUGCCCGAUUCUUUAGAAAACACCGUAGAUUGUCCUUUGAAAGAUCCCUUGGCGAAUUCCGAUGAAGAAAUACCUACCCCUCCUCCAAAACCAAUGAAUCUACAAUCGUUAUCUCUUGAUUUUAAUGAAUCUGCGACACCCCCACCUAUUCCGAUAAUCCCUUCUCGGAGAACGUUAAGGAAAAGAGGCAGAGAGGCCAGUCCUGAUGUGGUAAAGGAGGUUACAGCUUCUGCGGGGAAAAAAAUGAAACUUAAAGGAAAACGUCAGGUCGAUACUAAAUUGAGGAAAAGCAUAGAACAGAAGAAACAGCAACAAGUCAGUAGCAGUGAUGAGGUCCAUGAUGUUUCUGAUGACGAAAAGCCAGCUGUAAAGUCUAGGAACAAGGGAAGGCAGGCCAAGAAUAAAAAGAAAGAGAAGGUUAUUGAAAUCAGCGACGAAGAUUCAGGCACCCCUGUGCCGAAACCGAAGAGGAAAUACAAUAAGAACAGUAGAUUAUUAGCGAAUUUGGGCAUAACUGAAGGCAAACCAUUUGAAUCUGUAGGUGUUCGGCAGUCCAGAAGGCUUGCCCAAAUAAAAAUAAAGGAGCAAGCCGAAGGUAAAAAGACAGAUUCACAUCACGUCAAAGAGGGGAAAAGCAAAAAGAAAAAGGUUGAGGAUAAGGAAUACAAAGGUGAAAAAGAGAAGAAAAAAAAGGUCAAAGAACAAAAAAGUAAAAGGGAAGAGACUCCGGAAUCCGAACCGGAGGAUAUAAAGAGGAAGAAAAAGAAAAGGUAUAAGUACAAGUCUCCUAGCAAAAUUUUUGACGAAAAGAAACCGUGGAGGUCUAGUAGCGAAUCUAGUGAAUUAGAGGAUGAAGUAGAAGAAGAAGAAGAGGAAGAAGUUAUUGAGGAAGAAGAACCUCCAUUGGAGUUCAAAUCGGAUCAUGAGUUUUCACCAGAAAGCGAUUUGGGGGAGGAUGGAGAGUCUCAACCCUUGAGAAGAGCUAGGACAGCAAGAAAAAAUUAUGAAGAAUGUGACGAAGAAGAAGAUGUAGGAGAUGAUUGUCCAUGCCAAAAAUGUGGAAAAUCUGACCACCCUGAAUGGGUGCUACUUUGUGAUAAAUGUGAUAAUGGUUGGCAUUGUUCUUGUCUACGCCCACCUCUUUUAGUUAUUCCAGAAGGUGAUUGGUUUUGCCCACCUUGCCAACAUGUUAGACUUGUCGAGAGUCUCCAAGCUAAACUAAUAGAGUAUGAUAAGAAACUUUCUAAGAAGGAAAUCGAAGAUCGCCGCAAAGAACGCCUGGCCUACGUAGGCAUAAGCCUAAAUAACGUCUUACCGUCCCGGGAGCAGACUCACAAAAAGAAAAGACAUCUUUCCGUGGAAGAGUCUGGGUCUAGUUCUGCAGAAACAGAAGAGUCAUCUGCUUCUGAAUCGGAAAGUGACAGCGACGAGCCUAUAUAUCAGUUGAGACAACGACGCCAGGCAAAGAGUUAUAAAUUCAAUGAAUACGACGAUCUGAUCAAGUCGGCAAUUCAGGAUGAAAUUGAGGAAAAAGGCCUUGAAACAGCAUUCCAGAGUCACGGAAAAGAUAUUGCCACUAUAGUGAAAGCUGAGGAAGAUGAAAGAAAAGAGAAGGAACAAGAGAAAAAAGAAGAGUCUGCCGAGCGUCCUCCCGAUGAAAAACCACCAGUGAUUCCGCCGGAGAAAAAGGAGUAUUCAGAUGAUGACGACAUUAAGCCUCCUGUAAAGAAAGCUAGAAAAAAAACUAGAAGGAUAAACAAUUUGGAUGUAAGCAGUGAGGAAGAUGACGAGAGGGAUGAGGACUUUAAGGGUACUAGUUCGGAAUCGGAAGAGGAAGAACUCGAAGAGGAGGACAGUGAGGAAAGUGAUGACUAUGUCAGAGGUGGAAAAAGGAGAAAAAACUUACGACCAGUGCGAAGAUCAACUCGUGCAAGAGUAUCAAGAUUUGAUGCCGAUUUUAUUAAUGAUAGUGAUGGUGAAGACAUUCCUAGGAAAAAGAAGAAGAAGAAAUAUUGGAGCGAAACAGAUUCAGAAGAAUCCGACAGGUCAUGGGGAAGGGGAAAGAAAGGAAGAUCGGGCUUAACAUCCAGAAAGAAAUCUAAGAAGAAGAAGAGCAUCCUCGACGAAUUAUCGGAUAUAGAACCAUUAAAGAAGAAGAAGCCAAAAAUUAAAUAUGGCGGUUUAACUUCUAGUGAUGAAGAUUUAGGCAGAAGGCGAAGGACUAGGGGCAAGAAGACUACUUAUGUGGAUACGUUAGGAUCGGAUAGUGAAGAGGAAACUCACAGAAAGAAAAAUCCUCGUCGAAUAGUUAGCGAUGAUGACGAUGAAGACUUUGUCGCUAACGAAGAUGAAAAAGAUAGUGAAGUUCAAGAUGACGAUUUGGAGGAAGAUGAACAGGAAGAAGUGUCUGCGCGAAGGCCCUUGGUCGUUCCAAAAAUAUAUAUAAAGAAACCCCCAGUAACUAAAGAAGUGGAUCGGCCAAAGCUGCUCGCAGAGCGGAUUUUGAAUGAAAAUGUCAAGGAACCUGUAAAUAAAUCUAUAGAGCAGGCACCGAAACCAAGUUUGGAAGAGUCCAAACCUACAGCGGUCGGCGAAAAAUCAGAUAAAAACGAAAAAUUGGAACAACUUGGAAAAGUGCCAGAACAACCAUUGAAGCAUUGUGAUCCAGUAGAAAAUAAGUCUGGAUCCAAUGAAGAAAAACAAAAGGAAACUACUAAUAAACCGCUUGACAAAAAUAACGUAGAGAAGAAAGUUUUGGGAGCGGUAUUAGAGGAUGACGAGGAUGGCAAUCCCAUCGAGAAAAUAAACAAGAAUUUGGAAGAAAUGGAUUCUGAUGAAAUGGAGAAAAUGAUGGAGGAGGAGGAAUUCGCGACUAAGCAAUUACAGCUGGUGGCUUUGCAGCUUGAAAAGGAAAAGAAGAGGAAGGCGGAGGAAGCCAAACGUCUUGAAAGCGAAACGAAAGCUGUCGUACCCGCGGUACCUGCGAAAAGGGGCAGGAAACCUAAACCGAAAGAAGUGCCGGAAAUGCAAAAAAGUGUCGUUCACGAGCCUAUAGUUAGCAAUGUCAAGGCGUUAAUUCGCAAUGAUAAUGAUAACGACGAACUAUCCGAGCCUCCAGGUGUGGCAUUGCCGUUAUUUGAAGAAUUAGCCUCGAGAAGAACGGAAGAAGAGGCACCAAAAAGGAGCAGAGGAAGAGCAAAAGGUAAAAAAACGCUUGAAGAAACGCUAGCGAACCUAGGAGGAAGGAAGAAUCUUACAAAUAAAAUUUCGGAAAAUAUAAAUAUACCGCAGGGUGUAGGAUGUAAUAUAGAGAUAGCAGCUCCGCCACAACCAUUUUCACAAUCAGCACCAACACCAUCGGUAAUAACUAGGAUGUUACAAUCCAAGCCAGGCCAGACUACCACUUAUCCUGUUGGAACAAUAAGGCCAAAACAGUUUGCUACUAUGCCCGACGAUGACGAUGAUUCCCCUUCCAGCAGAUCAAGAGGAUCUUCUCCAUCUUCAGGUUCUGGACUUAUACCUCCCCCAGGACAGUUCAUACCAGGUGGUCCAAGAGGCCCAAUAGGUGCACCAUUUAGGCCGAUGCAUCAACCAAUGAAUCAUUAUCCAAGGGGCGUUCUACCACCUCCACAUUCUAUAAGAGGGCCUGCCCCUCCAUCAAUGCAUCCACACUUGUACCAUUCGCAUCGAUCACUCGAUCCGUCUCCCUCUGGAGGGGGUCCCAUUAAUAUGUCCGAACCCAGUCCUCCCCAAGUACCUCCGCCUCCGACCAGUAGUCCGGGAAAUAAAAUGGAACCACACAAUUAUUCCAGAACACCCGUAAGUCGUUUUCCACCGAUCAGUACCGCCCCUAAUAUUCCUAUGACACCCCCUAGACCAAUGCAUAUGUUAGCGCAUAUGCAGCAGUCGAGGCCGUCUAACUUGAGCCCCUAUCCUCCUCCUCACACUCAGUCCCCAAAUUAUUACGGGGCAUACCCUCCUGAAUCCAUGGCAAACGAAGAAGCCAUGCCACCGACAGUAUUUCAAAAUUCUCCGUACCCUGAGCAGUUCCCGGGAGAAAUCGGACCUGAACCGUCCGAGAAUAGUAAUAGUAAGUCCUAUGGGGACGAGUCUGGGGGAGAAUUUGGUGGCCUAGUCUCGUAUUUUUCGAGCCAGAGGGAGGACGAUUUAGAGUCAUAGUUUAAUAGAAGCAGCUCGGUGUAUUGGACAUUUUUCAUAGUGACUGUACAGGGUUUAUGUAUCGAUAAUGAACGAUAUUUAGUGAUGCUAAAUUAUUUAAAAUACACUUUAUCAAUAUAAGUGGUACUUAUAUUUAUAUUAUUGUUGUUUAGCUAGAUACGUAUACAGUGGAUUGUGUUUUAUUAUUUUCUAUAUACCUUUAAAAUAUUUAUGAUGUACAGAAAAGUAAUUAUAAUUUUAUAUUUAACUAGAAUUUUGUACAUAGAUGUAUAUAUAACUUUUUUUAGAGUUAGACUCGUUUAAGGACAUCAUGGAGGGUUGAAGUGUUUAAAAUUACCAAAUAUAUCCUUCUAAAGUUAGAUUGUUUGUGUAAAAAAGCUUGCGCAUUUUUUACAGAUCUAAACGUGACCUAUCGAAUAAGGCAUAAUUUAUUUUCGUAGGGAAUUCAAAUUUAGCAGCUGUACAACUCGCACUGUGUUUUUCAAUUAUUAAUUUGCCUACUAAACAGCUAAUUUUUUACGAUAAAGUUUGUGCAAUUUUAUUUUAUAAAUAAAUUAUGUUACAUUUUAUGAAUGAUUAAUAUAUUCCCUCAAUUUUAUUUGUAUUGACAAAUUGUAAAUUUUUAAGUAUUUUUCUAUAUCCAUUAUUCUGUUUCGUGAAAAUAUGCAUUUUAAAUGUAAUA